UAGCAAAAUUAAAAUAUGUUGUUCCUAGUGGUAAGAUGGGCCAUGUGCGGGGCGCGUGGUUGUGUUGUCACCGCGAGGAGCGAAGCUGUGUGUCCGGUGGGUAGGAAGACAGGAGCCAAGUAGUGGGUGUGAAUAAUACGGCGAUAUAUUUCAUCUGACACACGCAUAUGGUUGUGCUGACCACUUGUAUUCUUGAAGAGAUAUAUAUUCCUAAAGCAUUUCAGGCAUUAAUAUGAAUGGAGCGAUGGAGGUGGAGACGGAGCAACAAAACACAAGUAAUGGAGCACAAGUUGAGAAGAAGGAAAAUUGUGAAGUAAAUGAAGUAACGGAAGACAAUAAGAUAAAUACUGAAGUUGAAGUUCCUGCUGAGGGAAAUGAUGUGGAAAAGAGUGAUGGCACUGCAGAAGAAGCAGCUGUAAAGGAUGGCUGUGAUGUGUAUGCCUACACCAGACGAGAGGAGUUCACAUCAGAGAAUUUUAAGAUUGAGCUCCGUGGUCUGCCUCGGUUUUAUCAUGUUGGACAACUAAAGAAACUCCUUAAUGAAACUCUGAAACUUAAUGCCCAUAAGCUAAAACCUGCUGGGCGAGCAAAGAAUUGGGCCUACGUAAACUUCCGAGAUGAGGCAGCAAGAGAAAAUGCUUUAGCUGUCCUAGAAGGUUACAAAUGGAAAAAAAGUACUUUCAAAGUAUCAAAUGCCAAACCAGUUGAGGAUCCUCUUGUGAAGAUUAGAGAAGAAAGAGAAGCCUCAAAGAAAGAUGAUGACCCAGACAGUAACCUUUCAAUUAUGGAGAGAGUAUCUAAGAGUGUUAUUCCAUAUGCUCACCUGUCUUAUGAAGAACAGCUUGAGAAGAAGCAAAAGGAUGCACUGCAAGUGCUGCGGAAGUAUGGGUCAGACUUGGCUCACGUCAAUCCUGAACUGGCAAAAUUUAUCAGUUUCCAAAAAAUGCGGCGAAAGGGACAGGUGUGCGAGGUGGAUGACAUUGUUCCUUCUCCCGUUAUUGACAAUUAUCGCAACAAGUGUGAAUUUACAAUUGGUGUCAAUCCUGAAAAUGGCCUGCCAACUGUUGGAUUCCGCAUUGCCAGUUAUAAGGAAGGUUCAAUGCACGUUGCACCUAUAGGCCACCUGUGCCACCUCCCACACCAGAUGAAGAGUGUGGUGGAAGAAUUUGAGAAGUUCAUAAGGGACUCAGGACUUGCCCCUUUCAGUCCUCUCACCCAUGAAGGCUUCUGGAGACAGCUGAAUGUGAGAACAACAAGAAAUAAUGACAUUCUUAUAAUUCCUAUGAUGCAUCCUCAAGAUAUGAAUGAAGAGCAGCUCAGUGAUGUGAAAAAGAAAAUUGUUGCACAUUUCACAGUUGGCCCUGGAGCAUCUUUAGGCAUCACCUCUAUUUUCUUCAAAGCCUAUGGACAAAAGGAAAAGGGGACAGAACAUGUACUUGAGCUUUUGUGGGGACAAGAGUGCAUCACAGAGACAAUUUUAGGAAAGAAGUUCAGAGUUUCCCCUGAUGCCUUCUUGCAGGUCAACACAGCUGCUGCUGAGGUGCUUUAUGACAAGAUUGGAAGCCUAGCGGAGCUUGACAGUAAUUCAGUAUUGCUUGACAUCUGUUGUGGCACUGGAACUAUUGGCAUAUCCUUAGCUGAUAGGUGUCAUAAAGUGUAUGGAGUGGAGAUUGUUGAAAAAGCAGCAGAUGAUGCUAAGUAUAAUGCAAAGGAAAAUGGUUUGGAGAACGUUGCAGUAUUUACAGGGAAGGCAGAAGACAACAUGCCAUUUCUCAUGCAACACUGUACCAAAGCCAAUACCGUUGGCAUAGUAGAUCCUCCUCGGGCAGGGCUCAAUAAUAGUGUUGUCUUUGGGCUAAGGAAAUGUGAAACCAUGAAGCGUUUAGUCUUUGUCUCAUGUGACCCAAGCAAUGCCAUCAGAAACUUUAUCAGCCUAGCAAGACCUCAAAGCAAACAGUACAAAGGGGAAUUUUUCAUACCAGUAAGAGCCAUUCCUAUAGAUCUAUUCCCACAUACACCCCACUUUGAACUAGUGAUCCUGUUUGAAAGAUGGGAUGAGCACAGGUGGAAGUGCAUCAUGGAAGGAAAUCCUUUACCACAGGAUGAAGAAUACUUCAAACGUCUUCCAGAUAAACCAAACUUCAGUGGAAAUGAUUCACAGAAAGAUAAGAGGACACCAGAUGAACAAGAGGAGGAGCCUAGGAAGAAGAUGAAACCUGAAUAAAAGAUAAGAGAGAAAGCAGUAACAAAGGAAUCCUUUAUGAAAAGACAACAGCGAUGGGAGUAGUAAAAAAAAAAAAAGUUGAUCAUACAUGACACUGCCCUAUGUACAUCUGAUGACAUCUACAUGGCUGGUGCUUUAGUAUAGGGUGUGUUGGUGAGAGGGAGGUCUGAGGAAGCUAUGUUAUUGGUGACAAUGGUGCAAUUGUUUUUAACUAAACUCACUCUUCUAUAGAAGUUAGAAUUUAUAUAAAUAAUAUUUUCUAUGUGUAUUGUAUUGUGGUAUUUAACCUGCUCGGAAGAAUUAUAUUGCUCAUAUGUUAUCACGACAGAAAGUAAUGUCUUUUGCUACACAAUUAAAUUUUGUUCACUACAAGUUAUGAAA